GGAUAGCUCCUCCAUGUCUGUUCAAAAUAGGGUUAUAAAAAUCAAAUACUAAUUAAUUCACUACAUUGAGAGUUGUUUUGCGAACUGCUCAAAAAGAUAUUAUAAUACACAUUAUAAGUUACGAAUGAAAGGGUAACUUGUUUUUGGACAUGUGGUUAGCUCAUCACGGUCUGGGACCACAGUUAAAUAGCCUGAAAUUAAAGCGGGUAAUAACAGAAGUGAAACUAGAUAUCUAAAUGCUGAUGUACUUCCUGGUGAUCCGCUUCAGGACGAACAGCACUCAUAAAGAAACAGUUCAUUUCAGACUCUUUCCUAACCAGGCCAUGAUCUGUCUUUACUCAGAACGAGAAGAGCUUGGUGUGAGGUGAUGUCCGUGCUACUUUUCCUGCUGAUGUUUUAAACACCAUUAAAUGAAGAGGAACUACAAGGGACAAAUAAAAGCUCUUUCAGAAAAUGGGGAACUGCUGUCAGGCCGGGUCUUGCAGUGUGGAUGAGAGCAAAGGGUUGCUUCAAGAACAGACAAGAGGUUCCUCAAGUAAGGGAGUUCUAGUAGAGACUCCGUAUAAGGAUGACAGGAACUACAGAGACUGUCCAGUCCACUGUGAAGAGAAAGAGGAAACUGGCUCAAACAAUUCAGAGACAAAAUGCAAGAAAGCAGACGAUGCUGUGCCAGAAGCUGAGACAUUAGACGGUGGCGCUGGACAGGAUGUGCACUGUGAACACCACGUAGAAGAACUGCAGGAAGACCUCCCAGAGAAAACCGAGUUCACCCAUGAGGACGAGGAAGUCGUAGCCCCAGUGGAAAGUGCCGCUGAAGCUCAGCAAGGCCAUGAACUCAUGGCAGUAAAUCACAAUGGGACAGCCGCUGAGGAAGCUGCAGAGGCUGAGGAACUAAAGGGGACAAUGCAGGAUAGCAAAGAAGAUGAAAUGGGAAAUAUCAUCAAUGGUGCCGCAGCUCCAGGUGAAAUGGGUCUCGGAACAGAUCCCACGAACACGGAUCUCGAGAGCUGCGUCCCCUCGUGUAACAGUGAAGUGAAAAGGGUCAAGCUUGAGGAGGAACCUGUGAGAAGUGAAAAGACCUUUGAAGAGGAGAAGGCUGGUGUACCGAUAAGUGAAGUCACAUCUCUGGAGGAGAUUGGACAGGAGGUUUCGGGGGACGCUGGAGAAGAUGAGAAAGAAGAGAGUUCUCCGGAGGUGAAAAAAUCAGGAGCCUGUAGCCCAUCGCAGGAUGAGGAUGGAGAGCUUGAUCUGUAUCGUGCCGAAGAGGAGAUAGAAGAGAGUAAGUUUGAGAAAACAGCCCAGUCUAAGGCAGAGCUAGCAGUUCCUCAAGACAAGUGUAGUGUUGCCCCAGAGGUGGAUAUAUUAACAUACAGUGAGAAAGAGUGGAAGGGAAACACAGCGAAAAGCGCUCUGAUUAAGAAGGGUUAUGAAGAGGUCUCCAAAUGUUUCAGUGGCCUACGCCGAGUGAGGGGAGAUAAUUACUGUGCACUGCGAGCAACUCUUUUUCAGGCAAUGUCUCAAAGCACUGAGGUCCCCGACUGGCUUCAGAAAGAAGACACAACACAGUUGCCUGUGAAGCUAGCUGCAGAUCAUGAGUGGAUUGCACAGUGGAGGUUUCCCCAGGGCUGUGGGAGUGAAACCAAAAGCGCGACAGAGCUGCUGACACAGAACCUGGAACUGCUGAAGGAAAAGUGGCAGGUGGUGGCGCAGGCUGGCGGCGUGGCCGAGAGAUGGGACGCGUGCAGCGGUGUGUUCCGGAACGAGGAGGAGGAGUACCGCCUGAUGGAGGCGCUCAAGUUCCUGAUGCUGAGCACCGCCGUUGAGCUGCACGGCCUGAUGGAGGAGGAGAGGGACGUGCCUGUGUUUUGCUGGCUGCUGUUCGCGCGGGACACCUCCAGCUCCCCUUGCACAUUCCUCACCAACCACCUGAAUCAAGUGGGCUUUACCGGUGGGCUGGAGCAGGUGGAGAUGUUCCUGCUUGGUUAUGCUCUGAAGCAGACAAUACAGGUGUACAGACUGUACAAAUCAGAGACUGAUGAGUUUAUGACCUAUUACCCUGAUGAUCACAAGGAAGAAUGGCCAAGGGUGUUCCUGGUCACAGAGGAUGACCGACACUACAACGUGCUUGUGUCGAAGCAGGGAAGAACGAUGCCAUAGCAGAAAAGGAUAUCUGAGGCUCUUUAUACUUUCAGAAGCUGCAGAGGUUUGGGGCAAUCCAAGAUGGCUGAAUGUUUAUUGAAUUGUCCUGCCUGUCCAGAAUAAUGGAUAUUCAGAGAGGCUCAUGCCUAAGUGUAAUUCAGGGAAUUAUUAGAGCCCCGUGGUAAAUGUUUGAGGAUUCGAAUGUUGACUCAAUUUUAUUUCUUCUUAUUGAAGAAGAUAACCUAACAGCACUUGAAUAUUUUUUUUUAUCUGACAGAGUUAAAUGUUUAAUUUAUAAAGCUAAUGUUUCAUGGAUACUGGAGUAAAUUUAGACACAAUAGCUAAUUAAGGGUAGAGAGCAGAAUUUGUUUUUUUAACUAUUACUCCUUUGUACUUGAUGACUACAGCUUUACGCCAUAAUGAGAAGUUUUUUUCUGUGAUGCUAAAAAAGUGUAAUUUUUUGUAUUUGAAGAUUAAUUUUCAGGGAUUUCUUCAGAAGCCAGAAUCAUUUUAAAUCUCAUGGGUCCACGUGCUCCCUUAUGCUAUGGGUUGUAAUAUGUUUACUGCAGACUUUUAAAAGCAUUGCCCUUCUUAAAACAAAUCGGACAAAGACAAAACGGAAAACACUAAUUUUUGACAAGCAGAAAACAAAUCAAGAAUAGGUGCUUUACAGAUGCUGUGCAUCAGGAAAGCUCAUAUCUCUGAGACCACAAUCACAGUCAAAGUGGCUAGCUGGGAUUGCCAACUCCAGUUCAUGAGAUCCACAACCCUAGAACGUUUUCUCCAAGGGUUGAGGUGGUGACUUUCAGUAGUUUUUUUCUGUUUGGCAGGGAAGUAAGGAAAGCAGAAAUACCUACCCCUCUGUGAACUAGCCAUCCCAGCUUCAUAGACACAUCCCCACGUUCCAGGUCACGGGAUCCCUUUCCCAAAUAAUCAGGCUUGCAUUUUUCUGACUGUACACAAUUACUCAUAAGUAGACCCUUUGAACUCCAGUUAAGUGCUGGCUUAACUGAAAAGUUUGAAAUAACUUUUUUGCUUUCUGACAGUUGCGAAUUCAUUGUAUUUUUUUAGCUUGCUUAAAAUCUCAAAAACGGCGGAUAAUUCGUUUUAUUUAUUAGUUUAUUUAAUUGGAGUGAAAAUAAGCUAGCACUGGGAUCACAUUGACCAGGACUGGGAAGCCCCAGCAGAAGGUAUUUUACACUCGGUACCGUCAUGGUUCAAAGCUUCCCAAAUAACAGUAGGAUGUAGUGUAUUUUGUUUUCCUUCUAAAUAAAUUGUUGAUCUCAACAA